AUGGCCUCAAACCCCGCUCACUUGGAGCCCUCCAAGCUCGGAACUAAAGAAUACUGGUCUACCCUCUACACCACCGAGCUCACAAACAACGCCUCCAACCCCGAUGACCGCGGCACUGUCUGGUUCGACGACUCGGACGCCGAGUCCAAGCUCCUGACCUACCUCGAGGACCUAACCGAGUCCGCCCCCUUCGACCACUCCCUCCGCCAGUCUGACGCAUCCUUUCUCGACCUCGGCUGCGGCAACGGCUCCCUUCUCUUCGCCCUCCGCGACGAAGGGUGGGCCGGGCGCGCCCUCGGCGUCGAUUACGCGCCCCAGAGCGUCGAGCUCGCGAGGCGCAUCGCCGCGCAGAGACAACGACACCCUGACGAGGAAAAUGAAGACAUGGCAGACGCGGGGGCCGAAGGAGAAGAGAGGGAGGACGAAGAGGAGGCCAAGGAGCCCGAGUUCCGGGAGUGGGACGUCCUCAACGGGCUCUGGGAAACGGUCCUCAACGGCGCCCAGACCCAGGGCUGGGAUGUCGUGCUCGACAAGGGCACCUUUGACGCCAUCUGCCUCAGCGACGAAAAGGACGCCAGAGGCCGCCGCAUUUGCGAGGGCUACCGCGGCCGCGCGCUCCGCCUCGUCAGGCCGGGCGGCCUGCUCCUAAUUACGAGCUGCAACUGGACCGAGGAGGAGCUGAGAGCGUGGUUCGAAGGUCCCGCCAACGAAGGCGACACCGGCCACUUCGUCGCCGUCGGCAAAGUAGACUACCCUAGCUUCACCUUUGGUGGCGCCAAGGGCCAAACCAUUAGCAGCCUGUGUUUCCAGAGACAGGCAUAG